AUGACCAUGACCACUGCUGUCCCCCAUAACGGCCAUCGCUCCCAAGACCAAUUCGGACCUCGGUCUCCCUCCGGUAUGGCUGAUCGUACCAACUCCGGUGUAGGCGAGGCCUGGUCCGUUACCGCCACUCCGGGCUCUGGGCCGGCGAGCUUCACACCCCCCAGCUCCUCAGAUGCUGGGGCGAACACCUAUAGCCCAGCACAGCAACCUACUUCUGCAGCCCCGGCCCAGCUGACGGCGGAAAAUCUCCCGGGGAGGGAGUAUCCUACCUCAGCAGCUCAAGUACAGCUGACAGCCGAUAACCUCCCAGGGAGGGAUACUACUGGUGCUGCACUCGAGGACCGGACUGCGGCGGAGAAACGACCGACUGCUGUGUGGCUCGCGUCUGGUUCGGAUAGGGCCGAUACCGGCUCUUUUAAAGGGCAGCAUCCUCAGACGCAGCCCGAUGUAUUUCCGGGCGCAGGAGCGGGGGGGAUGGCUAGAGAAGAAGGAUGGCAGACCGAUGCCCCUGUAGGCCCUUUCCCCACUUUCUCUGGAACUGCGGGCGGAACGUCAACAAAGGAAGGAUCGCAGCAUGAAUCUCCAUCCGUCCCUUCCCCCGCCGCUUCUGGCGCCAGUGGCGGCCUCAGAGGUGCGGAUGGCGGGGCGCCCCCGGAGAUUAAGGGGAUGAACGAAAACGAAGCGAGGCGCGAUGACGAUUUUGAUACUGCUUCGGAGGGGGCGGGGCAGGGAAAUGGCACGGAAUACUGGACGGAGGAGACUCCGGGAGAGGAAGAAAAGCAUAUUGGCCGCACGGCUGGCAUCGGCGUGGCCGGGUCGAGGUUCACUGAGACUGGAGACGACAUGGUCCCACAAGCGGCCGGGCUUCAGGGGAAUGCAGACGAGAACGAGGCGAAUAUGAAGGCACAGAUGGACAACUUCCAGGGAAUGCAGGACGCAGUCGUUCCCCAGGGAGCUGAAGGUAUACAAUACCAACCAGGAGAUUACGUCCCCGACCCGAGUAGGGAAGGCGUGUACACGGCCCCUCAUGGGUAUCCCACUACUGGGGCGCAGCAACCGACGACGAUGAACGACCUCCCUCUGUCGGAGAAUAUCCGUCAUGUUCCUGAAGGUGGAGUAUCCCUCCAUGGCCAGCCUGGCCUACCACAGGGCAAACCCAAAUUACUCGAUCGUGUUGUUGGUAAGGUACAGCAGGAAGUCGGCAGGCAGACGGAUAAUUGGGAGAUGUAUGGAAAGGGUGUGCUCAGGGAGACUGGAGGGUCAAAGGCUGUCAAGGGGCAAGCGAGGGCGGUGAUCUGA